GUGCUGCAGCGAGGUCCUUUUACUUAUGUACAUCUGCAACAACAUAAACAGUGGCUGCAUGAUGGUGGUAAAGAAAGCAUGAAAUUCAGUUGCAGAAGAGUCUGUUCUUUAAUCGUUUUAGCUUAUUUCCUCUUUUCUAUUUACGCUGCUUAUAACGUCUUUUUCAAGACAGCAACGGUUUCUCGAGUCCACAGGGUCACUGCGAGUACACUUCAGCCUUUAAGGCUAGAUCAUGGAAAAGACCUGGUUCAGUCAGACGAGAGGGGUGACUGGAAUCCAUGGGAAGAGGAUGAAAAGUUAGACACUAUUUCUUUACAACAGAAGCACAAAGUCAGUGUUAAAGUACAAGAACGAAUUGCCCAAAAUAGACCCAAAGUACACAAAGUACAGAUCUGGGGAAAAGCUGCUAUUGGACUUUAUCUCUGGGAACAUGUUCUAGAAGGACAGCUUGAGCCAGCUGAUGCAGCAGCACAAUGGAGAGAAGGGGAAUUGCGUUCAGGAAAAUUACAUUUCAGUUUUUACACAGGCCCUGCAGUUGUGCCAGGACACAUACCUCUGGAUACAGAUAGUGUCCUUCUGGUGCUGAAUGGAAGAGAGGAACAGAAGAUCUCUUAUGCCACCCAGUGGUUGCAGCAUGUACAAACACUAGUGCAGGCACACCAAGUUCUUCACGUGGCAGUGGUGCUCUUGGGUAAUGAGCAGUGCAAUAACAACUGGAUUGAACCAUACCUCAGAAAGCAUGGAGGAUUUGUUGACUUACUUUUCUUGGUCUAUGAUAGCCCCUGGGUCAAUGAAAAGGAUGUGUACCAGUGGCCACUUGGAGUGGCAACGUACAGACGGUUUCCAGUUGUAACCCCCAGAAGUGAGAUGCUGAAUUCAAAAAGACCGUAUCUCUGCAAUUUUUUGGGGACUGUCUACAAGAACUCUUCCAGAGUGACUGUAAUGGAGGUUUUGAGACGAGAAGGGCUUGACAAGCAUUGUAUCACUACUGUCAGAGAUAAGUGGCUUCCACAUGAGACAGGAGACAGUUUAAGAAAGUAUCAAGAGGCUUUGCUGCAGAGUGAUGUCACCCUGUGUCCUGUUGGAGUAAAUACAGAAUGCUACAGGAUUUAUGAAGCCUGCUCGUAUGGCUCUGUCCCUGUUGUGGAAGAUAUCAUGACCCCUGGAAAUUGUGGCAAUUCAUAUGUAGCCCACAGUGCUCCUUUACAAUUACUAAAAGCAAUGGGGGCACCAUUUAUCUUUGUUAAAGACUGGAAAGAACUACCUGCUGUGCUAGAAAAGGAGAUAAAAAUGACAUUGCUAGAAAAACAUGAAAGAAGAAAAAAACUGGUGGCGUGGUAUAGUCGUUUCAAACUGGAUCUAAAGGAACAAUUAACAGAUGCCAUAGAACAUACUUUCUUUAAAAGUGGUUGAUAUAUCUGGAAUUAAAAAGCUACCUUUUACAGUAAUAACUGGAGUAUUUGCAUUGCAGUCAGAUAUUUUUCUUCGUGAAACACUAUUACAAACGCUACUGAAAAGUGAGUCGUUUUUUUCGCGGUGCUAAUUCUGUUUUGCGCCAUUCUGCCCUGUUGGGUUAGGUUCUGUAGUUACUAGUACAUGUAACAAAGAACUCUAAAUGAACUGAAAAAAUGUGCGAAUUAAUAGAAACUGCUGCAGUUACAUUCUCAUUCUCUCUCUCUCUCUCUCUCUCUCUCUCUCUCUCUCUCUCUCUCUCUUUCUCUUUCUCUCUCUCUCUCUCUCUCUCUCUCUCUCUCAUUCAUAUAUAUAUAUAUAUAUAUAUAUAUAUAUAUAUAUAUAUAAAAUAAUGUAUGUAUAUAUAUGUUAUAUUUUGUUUCAGAGUUUUGAAAGUCUUUAAAAGCAGGAUAAAUGCCAAAAUAUCCUUAAAUGAAAUAGUGAAAUGUAGAGUAUCCUAAACAAAAAAUGAUUUGCAGUGUUAUUCUGUGGAUAUUACAAUGUAUCAGAUGCCUCAAGCAAAAAAAGUCUAUCUUGGCUUGAAGCUUAAGAAGCUAAUUGCAUUCACCCAGCAGUACAAAUAAACACACAAACACGUGUAAUGUAGAAAACAUCAAAACUGUGGGAGCAACACUCGGGAGAAACAACACAGAAGAGGUUUCUUCUAUUAUUGUAUAGACAGCUUUUAUACUGUAGGCUGUUUGUUUUUAUGGGGUCUAACUGAUAAACAGUACUUUGCAUUAAAAUGGUGUGUUCUAAAUACUCAUUGUGUAUUUAAUGUUUUUGUUGUUUGUGUUCUCAAGAUUAUACAAUAUUGUUCUCAUGCUAUUAAAACCUUGUGUUAACAUUAAAAAUCAUUAGACUUGGCUGAAAUAAA